AUGGCCACACCGAGCAACUCGCACAACACCGACGAUGGCGGCCCGGAGGCUGCUCUAGAUUUCCAAAAAUUAUCAAAAGAUGAACGUCGACGCGCGAGGAAACGCGCCACAGACCGCAAUUGCCAGCGCCAACACCGCCAGCGUCAGCGGGCUUAUGUUCGCCAGCUCGAAGAAACGAUCCAAACCUUCAAAACCAGCUUUGCCCAGUCCAGCAAUAGCGAGGUCGCUGCCUUGCUCAAGGAGCAGGAGAGGCUCCUGGCCAGAUGCCAGAAACUCGAGGCUACCCUCCUGCGCAUCAGUGGCCUCGCUAACUCGGCCAGGGGCGUGGAGACAUGCCCCCCCGAGCCCGCCCCGGAAGCGCCAUGUCUUGAGAAAGCUUUAGAUCCUCGUGUGGCCGCCGCGAUUCAGAUGAAUAAACCAAUGGAAGAAACUUCCGCCUCGUCCGGAUGCUCACAGACAUUGUGCGAUCCCGCCUUUCCUUCCGUGGACCUCGAUAAUGAUCGACCUACGCCUUCUGCGGAGACGUUACGAAUGCCCGGUUCCAUUUUGCCCCCAAGUUUGGACUACUUUGACCUCUCAGAUUGUUUUCUAGAGUUACCCAAGGACCACCCGCCCGAUAUUCACCUUCAGACUCAAACCAGCGGGACAUCUGCUCAUAUUGACCUGCUUACAGAAGUCACUAGCGACGGGGGCAAUUUCGGAGAAAACAACUGUGAUGACAGCCUAGAGUCCGGCGCAAGCGGCAUUCUAGACGGAAGCGCCAUGAGCCUCGACGUGCUGCCAACGUCCCUUCUUAGUUUCGACACACCGAUGAACGAAAUGGUGACGAUGCGGGAUAACCUCAGCUCAUGGGCUAAUUCAUCUACGCCUCCGGGCUUCUUACGAGUGUCCAACGACUUGGUGGUAUGUCCUCGGAACUCGAUCGGCCUUCCUCCGGAUUCCCGAGUUCAUGCGACCUACAGACUUAGAAACACGUAUCCCGCAUCGACCAUGCAUUGGGAUGCUCGUGUGGCCGGACAUUCGUCGCACAUUGAUUCGAGAUUCGAAUAG